ACCCCCGCUCAGACCCUGGCCACCCCCCUGCUCCAAUUCACCCCCUUUGCCACUUUUUAACCCCUAUCCAAAGCAGUCAGCAGAAUCCUAAGGGUAUAAGGGCAGAGGGAAGGGCAGUGGCUUCAGCAGAUGUACCGAGCAUGCUCAUCACGUCAUAACUAGCACAUUUCUACGGGAGCGGUGUCAUUCCUUACACCUGCCUGGGCAUGAUCAAGUUACAGUGAAGAUGAAGGUUCUUUCAUUCUGUCCUAGCUCUGCAGUGAGCACCUCUCUGCCUGAUUUCAUCAUUUUCUUCAUUAUUUAUCACAUUCACAAGCUGGAAUCAGCCCAAUUCAGAGUGAUGGGUCCUGAUCACCCUGUCACUGCCAUGGUGGGUGAGAAUAUUGUGUUACCCUGUCACCUGUCCCCCAGGAUGAGCGCUGAGAACAUGGAGGUGAGAUGGUUCCGAUCUGAGUUCACUUCAGUUGUUCACCAGUAUCAGGAAGGAAAGGAUCAGUAUGGAGAGCAGAUGCGAGACUAUCAUGGAAGGACCGAGCUUUUGAAAGCUGGCAUCACGGAUGGGAAUGUUUCCUUGCAGAUUCUUAAUAUCAGCCGCUCAGAUGAAGGACAAUACAGCUGCUUUGUUCAAGAUGGUCCUUUUUAUGAAGAAGCCCUAUUGGAACUAAAGGUAGCAGUUUUGGGCUCCAAUCCUCUCAUCUCUGUGGAGAGCCACCAGGAUGGAGGGAUCCGGGUGGUUUGUCAAUCGGCUGGGUGGUACCCAGAGCCCAAGGUGCUAUGGAGAGAUCUCCGUGGGCAAGAAUUACCAUCACUCUCUGAAGCAAAAUCGCUAGGGGAUAGUGGCCUGUUUGAAACAGAAAAUUCUAUUAUUAUAAAAGAACAUUCAAACCAGAACCUGUCCUGUUGGAUCAGGAACACCGUUCUCAAUCAAGAAAAGGAAUCCACAGUUUAUAUAGCAGAUUCCUUUUUCCCGAGGGUGAAUCCAUGGAUGGUGGCUCUGAGUGCGAUCCUGGUGGUUUUGUUUGUUUCCAUUGGCCUCACUGUUUAUCUAUUUAAAAUAAAAGAUGCUCUUCAAAGAGAACUCGACUGGAGAAGAAACAUCAUCUGCCCAGUGAAUGUGACUCUGGAUCCAGACACGGCUAAUCCCAUCCUCGUCCUGUCUGAGGAUGGGAAAAGUGUGAGACGGGGAGACACGCGGCAGCGACUGCCCGACAACCCUGAGAGAUUUGACUAUUGGGCCUGUGUGCUGGGCUGUGAGGGAUUCACCUCGGGGAGACAUUGCUGGGAGGUGGAGGUGGGGGAUGGGCCAUUCUGGGCUGUGGGGGUGGCCAGAGAGUCUGUGAGGAGGAAGGGAUGGAUCAGCCAUAGCCCUAAGGAGGGGAUCUGGGCUGUGGAGCGGUUGUGGGGUGAGUUCCAGGCUCUCACCUCCCCUCGCACCCGCCUGCCCCUGAGCCGUUUCCCCAGCAGGAUCCGGGUUUGUCUGGACUGUGACCGGGGGCAGGUGACAUUUAUCGAUGCUGGUGACGAGGCCCUGAUCUUCACUUUCCCGCCGGGCUCCGGCCCUGGGGGGAGAAUCCGACCCUGGUUCCGGGUGGGGCGGAGAAUCCGACCCUGGCUCUGGGUGGGGCCGGGAUCCCAGCUCAGCCUGUGUCCCUGAGACACGGAGCAGAGGCAGGAACCGGAAAUCAGCCUCUCUAGCCUGAUGGACCCCAGUCUCUAUGACCUUGGCGGACUCCCAUCUACCCAGCCCUUUUCCUCUUCAUCUCUAUGGCUCUUAGAAGCACCUCCCCCUCCCUCUCUGCAGCGCCAGGGAUGGGAGGGGGAAGAACCCCUGUGGCUGCAGGAGGGGCCCUGAGGGGCUCUGAGGAGCAGAGGUGGGGGCUGG